AACAUGGGAGUCUGUCUUUUUCCAGAGUGUAAAUAGAAUAAUUCGCAGCAUCUUGAGCAUGUUCUAGCAAACUCUCUCCCCAUUUUACCUCAUUACCUACCUGAAGACAUGUACAAGUAGUUUUUUGGAGAAGUUACAUUUACUGUGAGAAUGUUUAAUAGUGCACCAUGGAUGAAAGACUCUUUGAACAAGUCCCGACUACGGACAGACUUAAUUACUCACAUUGUGCUGAGUUUGUUGAUGUUUGUACGAGUCCUUCCUGGGCUGACUUCAUUCCUUGGUAUUGGACCAGUGUCAUCACUCAGAAAGUGGAACUUUCCACCACCUCGACCCUGGGAGUAUGCUUGGAUGGUGUGCACAAUGGCAAUAUUGGUAGGGUGGAGAUCCAUGGCAAAAAAUGAUAUUAAACUUCUGAAGCAGUAUGUAGUGGGAUCCAUACUUUUUGGUCUUCUUCCUGUGAUCUUUGGACUUAUUGAACAAAGUGAUGACUUGUAUGCAUAUCUGAAUGAGAAGAAAUAUACUGGACAGUUUUUUGGAUACCCUGCAGUUCUUGUGUUCUAUUUAUUUCUUUUUAUAGCAAUUCAGGUUCAUGGAUUUGGUAUAUACUUUUCAUAUCAACUUCUGAAGUCUUGGAAACCCAGGGAAAGAAAGACACAAUAAUUCUAAUGAACUGACUGCUUCCCAUUGCUGUUCACAUUUCCAUGUUGUUUGAGUGAUUUGACAUUGAGUGCAUGUGUACAAAGCUAUAAAUAGCUAACAUGAUUUUAAUCUCUCCAUGUUCAUUUUUUAAUACCUUUUUUCAUUCAUUUAUAAACCUGGACAAACACCUUUUUAUGUUGCACAAAAAUAUAAUAAGGUACUCUUGUUACAUCUAUCAGUGACUGGCUUUAUGAUAGAAUGCACAUUUGAAAUGUUUACAUCUCCUAUUUGUAUUGUUGGGAGGUUUUUACACCCUUCUAAGUGACUGCAAGUUGUACAAUUCUAACUCAAACAUAAGAUAUGUUUGAAAAGAAAUGAAUAAGUGUAUUUUGUGAGAAAUGACAGACAUAAAUUGGUGCAUUAUGAGAGAAUUAAGUUGGAGACCAAAAAAAAGGAGAGAAAAAUGAAGAUUUGAAUUCUGUUGUCUCCAAUGUUGUUGGUAAUUUUAUAGUAUUUUACUUUGUUAUAGGAAUAAUGGCAAUUUAGCAGAUAUAAAUAAAUCUGCUCCUGGUUUUCCAUUCCAGAAAAUCAUUCAGCUUUUUAAAUAUUGGUGGUUGUUGUAGACAUGCCUUUGGAGAUGUGGUGGUGUAGUUUUACAUUUUCUCCUUACAUUUGUAUUUUUAUAGCAGAGAAUUGAUUACCCUUUUGUUUUUGCAGUGGCCUAAGAGAUGUUUAAAGAGGCCUCAGUUUGUUCUGUUUAUAUAAACGUGUUAUGAAGUUAUGCUAUGCAAAAUGUUGGAUAAAAAUACAUUAAAUCAAUAAACCCAAGACAGGGACAGGUUGGUAUACCAGUCAAAAUGCCAAUAUUUUCAGUGUUAUUUUUAUGCUUUGAGUUAUGUCCCCUUUUUAAAAUAAGUUGCACUCUUUUUGGUGUACUUGAUAGCAGCCCAUGCACAUGUGCAGCUUCUAAACGUCAGUGACUUAGGUGUAAAUAUUCAUUGUUCUUGUUCUAUACCUGUUAACUGUUUCACUCCUUUUUUAUUACCUCAGAUCCUGUAUUGUGAAGUUAAUAAAACUGAAAGACACAA